CAAGCUUCAGUCGAGACGCGUCAGUUCACAGACGACCUCCGUUCCGUCGAAUGUGAGCGGAAGUUUUAUUUGACUGUACAAAAUUUUCGAGUUCUCGCAUCGGGCAACUCGCCGUCAAAAUUGGUGUUUCCCGAAGGUCGAACUGGUGAUCAUGAAAAGUGUGAGAAUGUCCGAGAUCGGCUAGCAUCGGCGGGAAAUCGAGGAACAAGUGGAAAAACGACUCUCGGACGGCGAGGAUGGCGUGCAAAAGUAAUUGCUGUUUUUGAUCGUCGGGGACAGAGAGAGAGGAUCGCGGAAGGCGCACACGUCCGUGCUGCGAGAGACGAACGAUGUCGGCGAAGCUUCGAGCGAGAUCUGCUCUGCGGGCUUCAAGCGUUCAACUUCGCAGCACGAGAAGAACGAUCGUCUCGUAAGACAGAGAUACGAAGGAAGUCGUCUUAAAAUCAUUGCUGGAGAAACCAAGAUAUAGAAACAAAUUAAGAAACCUGGGGAAGUCUUAGCACUUGCCUUGCGAAGAAGUAUUUUGAUAAAAUAGUGGACGAUUCGCUGCAAGAGUUCGACGACCGAAUCGGACGCGAUCGUUGGGUAUCGUAUCGUCGUCGAUAAUCGCACUCGACGGCUAAUCUUCGUUGUUCGACGCGUGCUUGUCGCGCUCUACGUGCCCGAGGAGCUCGAGGAUUCGCGAUCGAAGCUGGAGCUGAACCGUGGAAUCGCGAGUCCUUUUAUUCCUGCGUCGAAGUUAGCUUAGUGCACCGAGCGUGUGAAACGCGAUCAAAGUGAAGUGUCCCGGUCUCGGUGAGAUGGCCUUCAUGAUGAAGAAGAAGAAGUACAAAUUCUCGGUGGAGGUGGACCUGGAGGAGCUCACCGCGGUGGCGUUCGUCAACGCGGUGCUGUUCGCCAAGCUGCGACUCCUCGACGGCGGAUCCUUCGUGGACCAGUCGACGAGGGAGGAGGUGCAAGAGCACACGGUCAGAUGGAACGCCAGAUUCGAGUUUCUGUGCAAGAUGAGUGCCAACGCGUCCACCGGUGUCCUCGAUCCGUGCAUCUUGAGGAUAUCCGUGAGAAAGGAAUUGAAGGGAGGCAGGUCCUUCCAGAAGCUCGGCUUCACCGACCUGAACCUCGCCGAAUUCGCUGGAGCUGGACUCUGCAGAACGAGGUGCCUUUUGGAAGGUUACGACGCAAGGCAUCGACAGGACAACUCCAUGCUACGCGUUGCCAUCAAAAUGAACAUGCUGGCGGGAGACAUUCUGUUCAAAGUACCCUCUCCGUCGCUGAAGCAAACGCAACUCGCAGUGCCAGGGGUACCAGGUAUCCCUGGCGUGACUGCCGACGAGGUGGCCGCGUCGGAGAGGUGUACCAACCGAGAGGACUAUGUCUCCAGCGGGUCGUUGGCUGGAAGCAUAGCCAGCGCCAGCAGUGGUUUCGGCAGUCUUCCCAAAAAGAGGCCUGCUCUCUUUACCUCAGAGCUCCUUAGCGGAGCGGAGUCGUACGAUCCCAUGACCCUAAGCGAGAUCGUACCAACAGCUCUUCCAGUGGAGACACUAGCUGAAGCGCACACAGAGUCGGGUCACUCCCGCAACAGCAGCAACACCAGUCAGCUGAGCAAAGGCUCGGGCUACGGGUCGUUGAAUUCCCAUAGUCAGCAUAGUAGGCAGAGCAGUAGUGGUGACAGUGGCCACAUUAGGUCACCCUCCUGGCCGGUAUGGGCUCCGCGCAUUCCCAACCCGUCUCAAGCCCUAUCCACCAACCAGCAGCCCCACAGACCCGACACAUGUCUCGAAUCCACCGAAUCCCCGUCCUCGUCCUCCCUGAUGCUGCUGGACCCACGUAACCGGUUCUGGUCCGCGUCGAGUCCUCUGUCGUCCCGCGACGGGAGAUCGGACGUGCGGAAUUCGUCGAGGGGGAGAACGAGUGUCGUGGCCGUCCCUCUGACGUCCAACGAUCAGACGUCGUCGUCACGGGCGUCGAGGAACGGUGUCACGAGCGACGACGGUCGUCUAGGUGACACCGACAACGAGAACGCCGUUGACGACGAUGACCACCAGGCGGGCGUGUUCAGGGUACCCGGGCCCCAGGACGUGCCGCGACACUCGCGCAAGAAUUACGAGAGGAACAGCUUCGAGACGCGAAACGAGCUUAACGCCGCAAACUCGACGUCGAAGGACAGAAACGGGCAACAACAGAUUAGUAGCGCCGUGGCCGCGCCGGUCGCAAAGCCGAGAAUCGGUCAGCCAGGUUGGACGAGCAUAUCGAAAACCUGCGACUGCAUCGAGAAAGGCAAGACCAGCCCGGUUUUGCGAUUGGCCGAUCAGGCCAGGGCUGUAUCCUCCCCAGAUCCUCUUCAUAGGCCCGAUAACCCCAGAGCCUCGCUACGUUCCGCAACGACCGCUCAGACCCUCAGGGGUAUUGGCGGAGGCCACCGGAAGUUGCUGGACGGGGCGGGGGGCAAGCUGGCUACGGUCGCCACCAGCCCAGCGGACUCCGAGGAGUCCUCCUUAGGGGUACCGGAAGUCGCUCCACCGAGCUCUCAGCACCGAAACAGCAUAACCCCACCAAAUCCAUCCGGCGGCUCGGGUCUCAGCGAAACGGGAUCUUUGGACCGAGCAAAGGCCGCGUUGGAGCGUAGGAAAAAGGCUGAGGAUGGCACAGGGAAUCCCGUGUUGUGCAGGGUCGAAGUGACCAGGCCGAAUGCGGACUCUCUCAUCGACGAGCUAAUCAAAGCAACGAAUUUGGAGCAGACGGAUCUCGAGAGCUCCGAAACGACAGGGCUUCAGCUGUUCAUCGCGAAGGAUGGUACGACAGCGCUCGGUAACCACGAGGUGAAGAGCCAGAUGCCCGCCGGUGUGUUCAAGCAGGUGGUGAUGGAGGAGAAUAAUAGGUAACACGAAGCUAUCGCGACGAGGAGGCAGUACGCAAGACAGGCCAGCGCCACGUUCUCUUUGGCUCUGGUGCCAGAGCUCGUCUACGAGGCCUGCGAGCCCCGGUAGUUGCGAGGACAACGAUACGAUAUGCCAGACGAGGGAAUCGUCGAGACGCAGAACACCGACGAAACGCAACGCGAAUGCAACCCCGACGACCGUCGCCUGAUUUAUCAUGUCAGUUGGCGUAGCCGUAUCCUGACGACGUUCGGUGCUUCGCGGGUUUCCCAGGCAUGUCGAACCGAUCGCUUAUUUUUCGAAAAUGACCAGUCCCCGUUUAAAAUAAAACUCAGGAACGCUUCGUUCAAUCCGUGAUACGCAUAACCUCGCGAUAAAUUAGCGAACGCAAGUUAUACUGAUAUGAAUCAGUGUUGGGAAAAAUCUAAUCGACGUUUAAGAAUACCGACUAAUCAGCAAUUGUGACCAUCGAUAAGUUAUUAAGCGGUCGCGAUUAAUCGCAAUCUUUUGUUGGUUACUCUGACAAUUACGAGUGUUGAUUACAAGAUUGGUCGUUCUGUAUUAAUUACAAGGAUCAUCUAUGCUACAUGAAUUGAUGAUCGAUUAUCUCAUGAUAAUUUCAUUCAUGACAAUGUAUAUAUUCUCAUGGAUGACGCUUGUUCGGUUGACUACGUCAAUACUCAAAAGAAUUUCUCGAUUUUUUUGCAGUUACCAAGGCUUUGCCAUCCCAUAAACACCGUUUAAAAUCAUCAUCGCAAAUCUUCUUUUUUUUUUCUCGUGUUCAAUCGAUUUACGUUUCAGUCGAUCGUGUUGAAAGGUGAUUGCCUGGUAGCCUCGAGCGGUGUGCUGCGAGGCAAAUGAAUGCAGGAGUCUGUAGGUAGGUAAAUAAAUAAUCUAAAAAAUAUCAGAAUCCACAGACCGCGGGCGGACCGAAUUCAUUUUGGCUCAAAGGGCCAAUUACAUUUCGCCGCUGAAAAUAUUUUAAAAAGUAUAUCCCCUUUAAAAAAAAAAAGAGAGAGAAAAAAACAACAACUCCCGUAGAAACAAGUGAAAGGUGACGAUUAUUUAUAAAAUGAUACAAGUACUGUAAUUCCUUUAAAGGCAUUCUUUGUAUUUCGAAACUAUCGACACGAAUCUAUGGUCCCAAUGAUAGGCAAAAAAAUGGAGAAUCAAGGAUUAAGCGAGACACAAGAUGUGACAGACCUCUCGUUUGACAUGCCUGGGAUAAAACUUAAACGAAGAAUGUCUCGUUUUCCCCGUGUAACCGGUCGAUCGUGUCCCGAUUUAGUCUUAAAUUCGGGCGAUCCCCAAUCCGUUGACUCUGUUCAGGAUCCAAGACUGUGAUCGAAUGUUGAACAAGCGCGAAGGCCGAAACGCUUGGCGAAGGAGGGAGGUGAUAAAGCGCAGGCAUGAACGAAACUGUUCCUUAGACAUAAAUGACGAAUAUCAAAUAAAGUAUAAACGCUCGUUCGAUAAAAAUUAGACAAUGAAAUAUUUUACGAUGAACGAUCCAAAGUUUAACAGUCGAAUCGAAUAAACGUCACGAAUAAAUUAUUCUUGUCUAUAGUCUUAUUCGUCAUCUUUAUUCGAAGUUUCGCUCAUCCCUGGUGGGAACGCCUCUGCGGCAAGGCGCGAGAGUCGGGGUCGCGUUCGAGCGAGGAUUCGAAAGAUGCGUGUAUUUUCUUCCGCGAAGUCGAGGCACAAUGAUUCCCCCUACGAGCGUGCUUCGAGGAGAAACGUUUAGUGACUAAACUUUAGUCGAUAAUGUUUUAGAGACUACGGUGUCCCGAGGACACGUAGCUGUACAAAGGAGCGAAGCGAGAAAUAUAAACGUUACGGAGAUACCAGUGUUGGGCGGUGUGUAAUCAAAGUUGCGAUUGAAACGAUCGCUCGCUACGAUUGACGAUUGAAUUAAUCGUGAAUUGAUCAGAGAAUAACCAUCGAUGUAGUCAACGAUGGCUGGUACAGAACUCGUAGCUUUCUUUCUCCCGAUUAUCCCUACGAUCUGCUUGGAUGUAAUUUUUGUAUUUACGUUCUCUUUUUUUUCUUCUUCUUUUUUUUUCUUCUUUUUUUUUUUUAAUUAUUUAGCGACAGGAGAAUGGUAAAUGUUUCGUGUAUGUAUUAUUUGUUGAUAGGACGGCACAAGUGAGAUUGCAUAACAUUUUGAAAUAUAUUUAUUGAGACACACACACGUACGCAUAUACACAUUGAAAUGUAUUAUAUCAUCUCACUGUAAUUUUCUCUGUUGUCAAAUAAUACCCUUGUGCAACGAGUAAACCAACGAUGCCUCGCAGGCGACAUACGAUUAAUUUGGCCAAUCGAGGGUUACAUCAGUUAGAAUCAGGUAUUCGAUAUAAAAUUGAUACCUCGUGAUCGACAAAGAUACAGUCAAGAUCGUUCGUUCGAUACCGAUUUUUCCUUGGAAUUUGACAUUCUAUUUAUGGGCGGACGAUAAAGUUACGACGCCUCGAGGUGCUCCAUCGUUCAAUUUUUAUAUUCUUUUUCAUAAGUCGAAAAAAGAUGUCAGGUUCAUGUAUCAUAAAUUCGCUUCUCAGGAGAUAGGUAAUAAAUCAAUGUUUUCAACGUGAUGGAAGAAAAAUUAAGACAUCAGCGCAGUCAAUUAUUUAUGAAAUGCGAAAAAAUUGGUUUUAGUACUUUUGCUCGACGAUGCAUAAGAAUAGAUAAUAUACUCUUCGACUGUUGCGUAAGAUAAUUCUUAAACGACUUUCCAACGCGCAAACUUGUAUUACACUCGGCACAAUAACGAUUACUUUCCUCCUGGAAUGAAUUUUUCUUUUUGCUCCGCAGUCCUCUGUUCUUUUUUUUUUUUUUUUCAGACGACAAAACAUGUCGGACGCCGUGGAGCACUCGUUGGGCUAGUCUAGAACAGCCCAGCAUUUAAAAAGAGAAGUCUCGGUUAAUUAGUCAUUUUACUAUUCACUCAUUCGAUCAAAAUAAAAAUUCAUUUCGCGUUACCCUCGGACUACGGAUUUUAUACAUUCACGACGUACAAAUGCGUACCAGCCAUACAUCAAAUAUAUCAUAACAAUAUUAUUUCAUUUUGCAUGAGUGAGCAUAGCUCUCGGUUAUGUUUUGCAUACGUUUCAUACACAUAUUAAUUGAUAUAAUUAAA